CUCUACAUAUCCCCCCUGUCUGGUCUUAGUGCGGUGCAGAAGUUGUGGGGAUGGGUGCAGAUGGAGGCAAAUGGUACAGUAUAGUUAGUGUGAGGACUAGGGACUGAGGGUGAAGGAAAGAGUUCUCUGUCUGUCUGGACUGGACUAGGCUGCAAGAGGAGAGGAGAGAGCUACCUGGUCAUGGGAUGCUGUAGUGUGACUCAGAGAGGAGCGCAUUCUGGGAUUGACGAGGUGGGCCCUGAUGAGAUCGAGCUUCUGGAGAUUGACAACUCAGGGAUAUGGACUCUAGGAGAGAGCAGGCUUCAGCUCUCUGUGAGGAAUGGAAAAGACGGUCCAACCUCUCGCUACCCUUCAGUGAGACACCUCGAUCAGGAGAUUGUGCUAUGGGGCAGGAGCAGAGAGGAGCUAUACCACAGCAUAUACAACCAGCCCAUCCGUGAUUGGGAGGGCCAGCCUGCACACAUGUAUGGAGAGAUAGUGCACUCCUCCCGUGUGUCUCUCCACAACAGCUACACACAGGAGACAAGUGAACACUAUCUGGUGCUGUUCUCCUUCCACUUAUUGAUCCUAUCUCUGGAUCCCUCUCAUCAAGAAUUUAUCUAUGAGGGCAUCCUGCCUCUCUCUGGACUGUCUUUCCAAGCCACCUCACUGGACUCCAACAAGCAACACAUAUUCCAGAUCAGUGGUCCAAUGGUGGACUCCAAAGUCUUCACCUGUGCCAGUGCAGCCGAGCUGAACAAAUGGAUACACCACAUGGAGGAGAGGAGAUACAAAUCCAUUAGCCAACCGCUAAACCCCUCCAGCUGUGCACUGUCUUACCUGGUACCCUGCGAUGAGAGCUGGAAGAAAGAGGAACUGAAAAAGUAUUUACUGCAAACCCCAAUAAGGCACUGGGAAGGGGCCCCCAUCCAGCACAUGGGCCAGCCAGGAUACAUAUCCAUGGUCCACAUCAUCAAUACACAGAGACAGGGACUUCAUGAGCGGCUACUCGUACUCUUCCCUCAAGAUGUCCUCCUGCUCUCUGUGGAUAACGAGCGCCUCAGUGUCAAAUAUGAGGGUAGAUUGUCUCGGAAAAGCAUCACAGCCGUGGAGAGGUCUGCAUUACCUGGGAGGCUGGAAUUUGAGUUAACAGGUGAACUGAUGGAGCCGCUGCAGGUAUCCUGCACCUGUCCUGAAGUCUAUCAGAACUGGAUCUUCCAGCUACAACAGCUGGAAAAAAACCUCCAAGCUACCUCAAAUCACACGGCUCCACCCCUCAUGCCGAAAAAACUGCGGAGCAGGAAGGAGUCCCAGGAACCAAUGACAGUAGCACAAGACUGAGACUCACUGGCCAAUGGCCUCACUCAAUAGAAGACUCAUGCCUCUUUUCAUCAAUAGACACUGAAAUUGUGGAUAGCAUGUACUGUAUACAGUGUAUAUGCAUACAUUAUUCAGUCUGGUACAAUGAAAUUAAGAGAUUCUGGUGAAAUUUCUUAUGCUGUAGGUUACUGUCUGUAGAACUCUGCUUCACUAGUGACAGUAAUAGCAAUGGAUAGGCUAAAUUGGGAGAAUAUUUUUAGUGCACUGAUCUUACAAUAUUUUUCGUCAAAUCGCUGUUUAAACCAAAAUAGAAAAUGUAGUGCUGUUCAUGACCUUUUCUAUUAUGUUGUUGUUGAUAAUGUAUGUACAAACUCAAUAAAAACGUUUUUUUCAUCACUA